CUCUUAUCGUUGGCCUGCAAGUCUUUAAAGACUCUGCUUUUUACUGUCUAAUCUCAGUGCGGUCUGUCUGGUAAAUACCAGGCGACCGUUCUUGAUUAUCUGCCAGGAUGGCGACAGAUCGGACACCUAAGUAUCGACAGGAGAUCCAGCAGAUGAUGUUUGUCUCUGGGGAAACUGCCGAACCAUCUGUUGAGACGACUACACUCAUCGAGGAAAUUGUUCGUCAGCAGGUUAUUGAGAUACUUGCUCGAAGCACCACUUUGGCGACUCGUCGCGGUGUGCGGUCCAUCUCGACCGAUGACCUGAUCUUCUUGAUCCGUCACGACAAGGCGAAGGUGUCUCGGCUCAAGACCUUCCUUUCGUGGAAAGAUGUCCGUAAAAACGUCAAAGACUCAGACGACAAGGGUGGUGCCGAUGCGGCCGACUUCGCCGCCGCCGAUGAUCCCAUUGCCGGAGGCGUCGUGGCAGGACCCCAGGAUGUCGCAUCGAAACCCAAGAACAAGCGUGCCCGUGUCGGUCUCGCCUGGGACGUGAACAGUUUCUACUCCGUGCAGGUGCCUGAGCGCGAGGACGAAGAGGACGAGGAAGAAGAAGAGCAGAAUUACGCCACCCUGCAGCGCCUGGCCGCUGCCGACGAGCGCACAAAGCACAUGACCAAGGAGGAGUAUGUGUUCUGGUCUGAAUGCCGUCAGGCAUCCUUCACCUACCGCAAGAGCAAGCGCUUCCGCGAAUGGGCCGGGUUCGGCAUCGUGACCGAGUCCAAGCCGAACGAUGAUAUUGUCGAUAUUUUGGGUUUCCUGACCUUCGAAAUCGUGCAAACGCUGACCGAGGAGGCCCUCAAGGUUAAGGAGCGGGAGGAUCGAGAGAAAAAUCGACGCGGCGGCGCGGACAAUGGAGAAGAUUCCAAGAAACGCAAGCGUGAGACGGGUCUCUUUGAUCCUCCUGAAGAGGGCCGCACUCCUGUCGAGCCCAAACACAUCCGCGAAGCCUAUCGCAAGCUGCAAGCGACCCCUAACAAGAACAUCGCCAUGCUACUACACAACGGCCGUGUUCCGGCCCGGAUGCCUUUACGAUUGAUUUAAUUGGGCUGUUCUGUUCUACCGGCGUCUUUCGGAGUCCAAGCUAGUGAUACCCUCAACAUAUACGCUCGAUGGAGACUCGGGAGCUUGCUAUUACAUGUUGUGAUAUACGCGUUGCGAUGAUCUGAUUUGUCUUGCUCAGCACUAGAGCCUUAUUUGCUUGACGGACGAUAUCUGGGAUUGCAUUUUUAGAAAGUCUUUGGUUUGCAAAUUAAUACAAAUAUAAUACUAGUG